UACUGUCGAUUUAGAAUCAUCAAUUCAAUUUUUCGAUGCGCUUUGUAUAGCUAAUUCAAUCCAUCAUCAUUGAUUAAUAAUAAUCGAUUCAAUCAGACAAUAGCCAUGAUCAAUCGUUGGUUGAUUGCAUUUGCUUGUGGCUGGGUCAAUCUGUUCAUAUUUUCCGUAUUUCGUUCAUCCGGUCUGGUCUAUGUAAAAAUACUUGAAUUAUUUGAUUGUUCAUAUCAACAGGCUGCUUAUUCCGUUUCAUUGGUUGGUAGUGUUGCAUCGACUACCGGGAUCGCUUCCGGUUUUCUUACUCAUUAUUUUACUCCAAGAUCAUUGAUUAUGAUUGGCAUACUAAUAUGUUCGGCAUCAAUUAGCUUAACGUAUUGGGCCAAUUCGAUUCAUUUUGUCAUCAUUUCUGUUGGAAUAUUACAAGGCAUAGGAAUUGGAUUUGUCACGUGUCUAUUGCCUGCCGUUCUCAAUUCCCAUUUUAAUCGACAAAAAUCAAUUGCUUUGGGUAUUUCAUAUGCUGGAGCAACUUUGGGUGCAUUCAUUUUUCCAUUGGUCAUACAAUGGAUGUUUUCAACUUAUGGUUUUCAUGUUACUAUGCUCAUUUUGGGUGGUGUCAUUCUGAAUGCCAUUAUAGGCGCCAUAUGGUUGAAGAUUAAAGACAAUAACUUUGAAUAUGAACAAGAAGAACAUCAAUCGCCUGUACAUCAAAUCCCUAUGGAAAUUACCCGAAUCACCUCUACGGAAGGUUCUAUUGAUUGCAACAACGAAGAGAAAAGUGUUGAAUUUUGGCAACAAUUCAAACAUAAUCUCAUAAAAGACUAUCGACUUUUAUCAAAUUUUCGAUUUUUUCUUUGUUCAUUUACUUACAUUAAUUUUAUCAUCGAUUUUAUUGCCUUCAUCAUCAUUCUACCCGAUGUGGCUAAAGAUCGUCAAAUUUUACCAGCAGAUGCUAAGUGGUUGUUAUCCAUAUUUGCCAUCACCGAUUUUGCUGGUCGUUUAAUACCAGGUUGGCUUUCAUUUUGGAAGCUUACAUCAGAUAAAUGCACAUACAUCAUGUCAAUCUUAAUUCUUGGUUUGUGUAUGCUACUUUUAGUCAAUAUUGAAUCUUGGACGAAUUUCGUUCUUGUUACAUUACUAUGUGGAUUUGUUACUGGCUGUCAAAUGGUUUUAUCACCGGUAGUGUUGGCCGAUUAUUUUGGCACCGAAAAUACUGCCAUUGCAUUCGGUAUGGAAAAUUUUAUCUGCGGAUUACUUUCAAUGUUUCUUCGACCAAUGAUAAUAGGUAUAAAAGACAUUCAUGGCACCUAUUACUAUUUAGGCUACAUCUUAUUUAUUAGCACCAUCAUCAAUAUAGCCUUGUGGAUAUUUGAAAUUGUAUUUCGUCAAAAAACAUUAAUUGCACAAUGAUUGUUGUCUAAUAGAAUUUUCAUUUCAUUUCAAUAACUGUCAUCGGUUUAUUAUUAU